CUCAGCCACUGCUGGCGGCGCUAAGCUGGGUCUACAACAGUCCCUUUUCUCUUCUUUUCUUCUCAUUUCUACAAAUUCCUUUUCUCUUCUUUUCUUCUUAAUUCUACAAAUUUGCUACACCUUCAAGACAAAAUUAUUUUAUCUUCCUCAACCUCCAAUUCUUUAAUCGACGCUGCAUAUGUACCAAAUCAUAAUACUCAACACUUUACCCAAAUUGUUUUAAAAUCUCAACACUUGACAUUGUCGCCAUAGCAGAGAUACAGCUCAGAGCGUAACGUUUACAACCAGGUUCUGAGAUGAGCAGGAGGGGGAAAUAUCUCUGUCUAGAGACUCAAUCGUCAUCGACGUCUCACUUUUUCGCCGGGCAGGUACAAGACAAUGCCGGGUCCUUUAGUCACCUGCCGCCUGAGAUUCGUCAAUACAUCUAUGAAGAGCUUUUUGGCAACCAACAGGUUCAUGUCCUGUACUACAACCCAGGGGGGAUAGGAAAAUCGCUCUCAGGCGCUGAAAAGAUGCGUAAGGGCAAGAUUCCACGCUGGGGCCAUUUCAUUUGUUGUUCCACGCCGCAUAAAGGACCACAUGACCAUGAUGAGUAUACGCAUAAGUGGUGCCAUCUCUCUGCUUCUCUUAUCUUUACCUGUAAGAAAAUCUUCAUCGAAGGAGUCCCUGUACUAUACAACUCCAACAGAUUUAUGUUCGAUGCCCCAAAACAUUUUCUAUCUUUUCGAUUAGUCACUACGGACGCUAUCUAAGAAAGCUGAGCCUGGUCGUUGCUGUACGGCAAUUCCCCGAAAUACAUGAAGAAAUCCUUAUGCUAGCUGAAGAGCAACCGAAAUUGGAUAUCGAAAUCAUGCUAUUAGAGCAAAAAAUGUCCAGGAAAGAAUUUCGCCACGCUAUCAUUAAACCGCUUCGGGACAUUGACGAGGAAUUGAAUCCUGAGAAUAUGGAGGAUGGUCAAGUUCGAGUAAUCAAUCUAAAGUUCUUCCUUGGAAACAAGACCUUUCCCUAUAGAGGUAGUCCCCAAUCGAAGCGCGCUGCUUCAAUCAUCUCAGUCUCUAUGGCGCCAGAGUCAGAGACGGCCAGUCAUUCAUAGAGCACAUAUGGUUUAAGCGAAGGCGAGCCGAAUUGUUCUGGGGAGAUGGACUUUGCGACG